GGUGAUGCAGCAAGGGUUGAAAUAGAAUUGGAUAGUGAUGAUGAUGAAGAUGAUGAGAAUGAUGAUGAGAGUGAUGAUGAAGAAGAUGUUGAGGAUGUUGACAUUGAUGCAAGAGAUGAAGAACAGAAUGUUGAAGGAGAUGAUGAUGAUGAUGAUGAUGAUGAUGAUGAUGAUUGGCUAAAUGAAGGCCUAGAGGGGGAUGGCUUUGGUGAUGAUGUAUUUGCUGCUCAAAAAUCAGCUCCACAAGGUUCUGCUCCCAAUACAAACCCAGAAUCAAGCAAUGCACCCCACACAGCCCCAGAAUCAAGCAAUGCACCCCACACAGCCCCAGAAUCAAGCAAUGCACCCCACACAGCCCCAGAAUCAAGCAAUGCACCCCACACAGACCCUGAGUGGGCUGAGCCAGCCCUUGAGGAUGACCUGGUAAGCAUGGAUGGGUCUGAUGAUGAGCAGGAACCUGAGCAAGUGGAGUUUAAUGCUAAGAGUGACAUGAGAAAUGUUGUACUGAAGAAGGAGAUGAAGUUCCCUAAUGCAAAGGUGUUCAGAGCUGCUUUGAGGGAGUAUGCAAUCAAAAAACCUGUUGACAUCAAAUUCAAGCUGAAUGAGAAGACCAAGAUAUCAGUUCACUGCAAGAAUGGGUGUGGGUGGAGAUGUUAUGCAUCUCAAAUAAGUGGAGAGCUAACAUUUCAAAUUAAGACCUUGACUGAUGAGUGUACUUGUCCCAAGUCUUUCAAAAACAGCCAAGCAACAUCAGCUUAUGUUGCUAAGAGGUUCGUUGAGGAUUUUAGCAAAAAUCCAAAUUGGGAGGUGAGUGGUGUACACAACCAUGUGAUGCAAAAUUUAUCUGUUGACCUAAGUGUAAACCAAGUGUAUAGGUCAAAGAGAAAGGCAAAGGAUUUGAUAAAUGGAGAUGAGCAACUGCAAUAUGGUGUCCUUAGGGACUAUGCACAAAUGAUAACCACUGUAGACAAGGGGAGUAGGGUUAUAUUGCAGACAGAAAUGGCUGAGGAGACUUCCCAGCCAAAAUUUAAGAGGAUGUAUGUUAGGUUCAAUGCUCAGAAGGUAGGAUUUUUAGGUGGAUGCAGGCCAUUUAUAGGUUUAGAUGGUUGUCACAUAAAGCACAGAUUUGGUGGGCAAAUCUUAUCUGCCACUGCCAAGGAUGCAAAUGACAACAUUUUUCCAGUAGCCAUGGCUGUUGUGGAACAAGAAACCAGGGAGUCUUGGAUAUGGUUUUUGGAAAUUUUUGCUGAUGAUAUAGGGAGGCCAGAGGAGCUUCAGUUGGUCUUCAUUUCUGAUAGGCAAAAGGGGCUUAUACCUGCAAUAGAGACACUAUUCCCUACCGUGGAGCAUAGAUACUGUGUGAAACACAUCUACAACAAUUUCAAAGUUGAUCACAAGGGAUUGGAGCUGAAGGAUGCAUUGUGGAGGUGUGCUGCUACCACAACAGCAAGGGAGUUUGAGAGAUGCAUGCAGUACAUAAGGGAUUUGGAUGAAAAGGCAUAUGAGUAUCUUGCAAACAUUGCACCUGCACAGUGGACAAGGUCACACUUCACUCAUAGGGCCUUAACAGAUUGUUUGGUAAAUAAUUUGAGUGAGUCUUUUAAUGCAAUGAUAUUGAAAUCUAGGGACAAGCCUAUCUUGGCAAUGUUGGAGUGGAUUAGGGUUAGACUUAUGACUAGGCUUUACACAAAAAGGGAAGGGAUACAGAAGUAUGCUGGAAAGUUGUGUCCAAGCAUACAAGAUAGGUUGGAGAAAUUGAAGGUUGAAAGUAAGGCAUUUAGUGCUACCCCAGCUGGUAGUUUCCUUUAUGAGGUAGGCAGUCAGUAUGAGAGGCAUGUAGUUGAUUUGGUGAAGAAGACAUGUAGCUGUAGGUCUUGGGAUUUAAAUGGCAUUCCCUGCAAACAUGCCAUAACAGCCAUUUAUACAAACAUUGAGACACCAGAAGACUAUACCCACCCAUGCUACUUCAAAGAAACUUACAUGGAGAUAUACAAGGAGGUACUUCCUCCCAUGCCUGGCCAGUCAGAAUGGGCUGAGACUGGACAGCCUGCUCCCCUGGCACCUCACAUAUACAAACAACCAGGCAGACCACCCAAGCAAAGAAAGAGGGCUUCUGAUGAGCCUAGGAACCCUUACAAAGCAAGUAGACAGAAUAGACCUGUAAGAUGUGGGAAAUGCAAAAAGGAAGGGCAUAACUCAAGAGGGUGCAAAGCUAGCAUCACUGGGGAGACACCAUGGCAGAGGAGACAGAGACUUCAAAGAGAAAAAGCUGUAAGCAAGGGAAGGGGUGCCUGCACCUAG